AAAAUGGCAGAAGUUUCGGAUCAGCAGGUAGCAUUAGAAAUGGAAGAAAGAGAAGAACGAGAACACUUCGCUCGUGUUAUUAAUUCUUUCAAAUUUUACAAAUUGCACAGCUUGAAGCGGCUUCAGUUGAGUAAAGUAUCCUACAGCAACCUCUGUGACCAACACAAAAACAGAAUUCUGGGAUACAUCGACAACCUUGAAACCAUCCAGACCUGUAUCAUCCACAAUUACGAAGUGAUUAAACUCAUUUUACAGGACUGCCAGUACAUGUUUCUCAACAAGGAGGAGUGCAUUUCUGAAGCGACUUGCUGUUUCACAGGUUUUCAAAAAAUAUUAAUGCCUAAUAAUGUUUUUUGUUUCAAACAGGAUUUUGACAGAGUGAAGAAAAAUGAUUGUGCGCCCCCAACGUGUGAGGAAAUGGACAAGGUCAAAACGACAUUGAAACAGAUCAUGAGAGACUGGAGUGAGGAUGGCAGAGCUGAGAGGGAGGCGUGUUACCAGCCAGUCAUGCAUGCAGUGCUGACACGCUUGGGCUCAAGAAAACCAUCGGAGGUCAAGAUUUUGGUGCCAGGUGCAGGACUGGGGAGGCUGGUAUUUGAAUUUGCCAGGUUGGGCUACUCCUGCCAGGGGAAUGAGUGGAGUCUACACAUGCUUUUGGCUUCCAAUUUUAUUUUAAACAGAUGUCAAGAGAGGAACUCAAUGGUUCUCUACCCCUGGAUCCACCAGUUCACCAACAACCUGGCCACCAAAGACCAGACCCGGCGCUGCAUGUUCCCAGACAUCUCACCCCUACAGAUCAGCCCUGAGGCAGACUUCUCCAUGGUGGCUGGAGAUUUCACCAAAAUUUACACUGAACCAAAUUCUUGGAAUGCAGUGGUGACUGUAUUUUUUUUGGACACAGCCCAUAAUAUAAUCGAGUAUUUAGAAACAAUUUACAGUAUUCUGGUACCUGGAGGAUAUCUUGUGAAUUUAGGUCCACUGUUGUACCACUGGGCUGGUCAAGUCAAUGAGAUGUCCAUAGAACUCAGCUAUGAAGAAGUUAGAAAAGUUAUGCUGGAUAUUGGCUUUGAAAUUGAGAAAGAAGAAAUGAAUGUGCGCUGCUCAUACACACAAAACCCAUUGUCUCUCAUGCAAAACUACUACAACUGUGUUAUGUUUGUGGCCAGGAAACCACUGCCCCGCCCCUCACACCAUGACCCUGGGAGCUAACAUUUGUCAACAAGCUCUAAGUUUAAGCCAACAUUGUAAACACAGGGAAUUCUAACAGCUGUAUGCUCAUGUGAUUUUUUUUCCACAUCAGAUAUGGAUUUACUUUUUAUGUACUUGUUCAGUUAAGAAUUCAUUGCAUAUUAUUUUAUGUAAUUAAAUUUUUGGUCUAUGGGAUAUUAAAACAUUCUUAUGCAUUAAAAAGAAAAAAAAUUCCUAGUAUAUCAACACAAGCUUAGCUGAAAAAUGGUCAGCUUUUUUAAGCUUCUCUUCUUAGUUAGCCUUUGAUGACCUCCUGUUACACUCUUGUGCACUCUUGCUUAAGUCGUAACACUCCACACUAUCUCUUUGUUAGGCUCCCUCGGUCACAUACCCAAAUCUGUUUAAAGAGGCAAACACUGACCAAUUUUCCUGACCUGCUUUAAGUCAUAAACACUAAAUGUAACAUUAUAGACUAUGUGACCAAUCAUAUUUUGUUUAAUGAAUAAUUUUAUAACAAGCACUCUAAAACAAGAUUUUCUAUUGACUUUUGUUCCUGGUAUUGAUGUUUUUUCCUUGGGCAAACUUUGAUGUAAUCUGAAUUAGUCCUGGAGUCAAGAGAUGGAGUAGGUAAAUGAUUAAGUGUGUAAAAGGGGUACUCUGGUUUGAGAAACUCAACCCUAAUCAGUAUCUGGCAUGUGUCAGGAGACAUUGUGCUGGCAACUUUAUUUGUGCACUGCCAUACAAACCUUGUCAACACCUCAGUCAUCUUUAACAUACAUAUUUUUAUGUGAGGGACUUUGUGCAUAGUUGUAAAGGUGUAUGUUUUUGUUGUGAUAAAUACAAUGAUAUAAAUGUAAAACUACUGUAAUAUAAAGAUGUUUUGAUUAAAAAUAAUGUGAAAAUAUAAA